AUGUUGGAACUCUUUGUUCUCGGAACAUUACUGUUACUGGCAGCAGCAGCUCCAGCAUGGCGCGAUCCAAACGAUCCGCAAGAGAGUGAUGAUCCUACCUCUGAAGUUGGAGGAUCGGGAGGAAGCGUUGUUAAUAAGUUACUGUUACUGGCAGCAGCAGCUCCAGCAUGGCGCGAUCCAAACGAUCCGCAAGAGAGUGAUGAUCCUACCUCUGAAGUUGGAGGAUCGGGAGGAAGCGUUGUUAAUAAGGAGAAAGAAGAGGAGAAAGCACCGGAAACACCUAAAGCUCCUGUGGGUCCAGAGGGAGAUCCGGAUAAGUCAACGCUAGCAAAAGUGACACCAAAACCAAUACCACAAGUUCCGAGGAAAACGGUUAAGAAGAAAGAAGUAAGCGGAGAAGAAGAGGAAGUGGACGAGACUUCGUCGGCUGCAGCGGGAGGAAGUGCAGAACAGGGAUCACUUGGCGAACCUGAAGAACCGGUCGACUCGCAGCAGGAAGAGGAAGAAAAAGAAGAGGAACCGAUUGAGGAAGAGGAGAAAGGAGAGAAAGAUGAGGUGCAAUUUUUAGCAUUCUUCAUUGACUGCGUAAUCCAUGGCUUUGAAUAA